CGCACCGCACGCAGUGCUCCGAUGCGCUUCGUCCGAGCCGGGUGCCGGGUAUCCACGGACGCGUUUGCCGGCCCGGGAGGACGGUGCAAACGGCACGCACGUGGUUGUUCUGUCGGCGAAGGUGCCGAACGGAAGGGAGGUGAGAGACCGAGCGGACGAGGAGGAAUCGACGACGGCCUCCCCAGAGGAAUCCCUCUGAUGACGGUUGACACGCUCGACGCAUUGUGUAUCCACUGGGCCCACGGGUGUUUCGCUCUUUGAGAGGGACCCGCUGUACCGCGGCAAUUGAUCGCGCGGCGGACGUCUCUGCACAACAUCGUCCUUGAAUAGCCUGAGAACUGUCGAAGAAAGUGAAGUGGGUCCUGAAAGAGGACCCAGGUAGAGCGAGGAGAGAAGCGUCGAGGGAAGAUCCGGCGCCGCGCGCCGGAAACGCCGGCAGGAGCAGCCUCAGAAUGUCGUACGCCAACCGAUUCCCGUCUUCCCAGCACACCCGGUAUCGCAGUAGCUGGGGACCGUCCUCGGUUUCUGUCUUCAAUCGCGCUGACGUGCCGCGACCCUCGCCGGAAGAGGAAGAGUUUGAGUUCUAUCACGAGCGACUGCACUCGGCGCAGAGCCGCCAGCUGAUACCACUUCAGGAGGACUUGGCCGAUUGGAUCAACAAGACGAUAAAUGUGGAUUAUAUAACGGGUGACAAUUUCUUCGACGUGCUUGACAAUGGGGUGAUUGUGUGUCGACUGGCCAGAGUCAUCCAGGAAAAGGCGAGAACCGCGAUAGAAGCUGGACGAGCAAAAGGACCGGCACCAGUGAUACGUGGACGUUGCUGGGAGAAUGCGGCUCGACGCAGCUUCUUUUCACGCAGCUUCUUUUCCCGCGACAACAUGGAGAACUUUAUACAAUUCUGCCGGCGGCUGGGCGUCCACGAGAAUCUUCUUUUCGAAAGCGACGAUCUCGUUUUGCACGGGCAACCACGGAAUGUAGUGCUGUGCCUGCUGGAAGUCGCAAGACUGGCGGCUAGAUACUACUCCCUGGAGCCGCCCGGACUCGUGCAACUCGAGAGAGAAAUCGCGGCCGAACAGGAAAGGGAUCUUCAUUGUAUGUCCGACAGUGGUAUAUCCCACAGUAGCCUCGUCUCUUGGCAGUUCCAGUCACCGUCGCCGACCGCGACACCCAGGCCGCCACAGGAGAAGAUCAAACAUAGCAGCUCGGCGUCUGAAGUCACGACAACGGACACACGAUGGCUGGACCCGGUGACUGGUGCUACGCACGAAUCUGAAAUGCGAAGGUCCGUUAGCGACAACGGACCGACUGGAAGUGACGGGGUGCCCAGCGAUACUACCGAGGACGACUGGUCCCGCGGUAGCGUCGAGGACCCUGACGAAGUGCCGUCACCGUCGAGCUCGCCGUCACCAUCGCCGGCCGAACCACCGGAACACACUGGACCGAUAACAGAACUCGAUCGCAAGGUGCGAAGAGCCACCGAGGCCGUCCAGAGACUCUGCCAGUGCCCGUCGAAUAAGUGCUCCAAGCUGAAGGUGCGCAAAGUCGGCGAAGGCCGCUACCAUAUCGCUGGUCGAAACGUUUUUAUCAGACUUCUCAAAGGGAGACACAUGAUGGUGAGAGUGGGCGGCGGAUGGGACACUCUGGAGCAUUUUCUGGCGAGGCACGACCCCUGUCAGGUGAGGGUCCUCAACCGCGAGGGCACGCCGCCUCCGGGCAGCAAGCACGACAGCUUCUUGCACAUUCGCGCCAAGUAUCGCAGCUCGCCGUCGGAGCCGAGCCUCUCACGUCGGUCGCUAGCCUGAAAGAGCACGCAGUGCCUAAUCACGACGCGCCCACGAUCACGCGACGCGGGCCCCUCGGGUCCCACGUGGCGUGAAGCUACUCGCACGCUUGGCGCACGUGUGAAUUGAUAUGAUACGAUUCCGGUGCACACCGGCGCGGCGUACCGCUAUCGCAUCCCCUUGGGCACGCCGGGAGGGUAACGGUCUGUUGUGCGUCGAGCAACGCGGUGAAACGACGCGUGGCGGCUCGAGUUACCGUAAGGACGGCAAUACGCAUCAUCGCACGAUUUUUCACGCACGAUACAUUCCUUCUUUCCAACUACGUUCGAUGAGUUGGCGAUUUUGAGGGAAGAGAGGCGCCCACCGCGGGAGUCGCCUUUGAGCGCUUGCAGUCACUUGUGCACAUUCAAAUACUCAUAUACGCUAUUUGCGAGUUCUCUCUACACGGCGAGAAAUCAUCGGCAUACAUAUAUGCACCGCCUAUACGCCCGCCGGUUCGAAACGAUACCUCUUUCCACACUCGUACAUCCCGAAUUGCGCAAUUUGUUACGUGUAAUCACGUAACAUAUCGGUCACGGCAUAGAGAAGCACCAGGCUAUCUUUACUACGUCCACGUCAGGUGGUUGAAGAGUACACGCAGGUGUCGAAGAACAUCCCCGUAGACGCGCAACGCGCCGAGAUUUUUUUUUUUUUUUUUAAGGAGAGCAACGAAUAAUCAAAAUUCUGUAUUCAAGAUCUGGCGUCUGCGAUUCGGAUUUUGACUAUUCGGACUUUUAUGCAUUAUUCCGUAUUAUCAACGAAUCAACGAUGGUGCUUUCAUCGUUGAAUCACCUCUUCAGGCACUAACGUUUUGCAGCGGUUCUGAACCCGGAAGUUCUUCGAACACAGGAAGUGCGCUGCACUCGGUAAUGGUAGCGUUAAGACCGCAAUGACCAAACUUUAUUUUCAAAAGCGUGUUAUCACGCUAAUCAUUAUACUAAUGAUACAUAUAAUAAUAGGAACUUUCGAAUAAAUAUUCACCUAAGCUCAAGCGUGCAACAAUGCGCUCGUACAUGCAAUAAAAGAACUAAAAGUGCAAUUAAAAUCUCAGGUCAGUAAGAAAUCGUCCGUAUCAUGCCUUAGAAAAAAAAGAUCAAUUAAUCUUUUUUUUCUCUUUUAUGGAAAUUUCUUUACAAUGCAAACAAAUUGUUUUUCUUCGAAGUAACAAGCGGCUUUACCAAAAUUUCGUAGCCAAACUGAAUAAUAUUGUUACGUUUUUAUUAUCUACGUUGAAACGUAGUUUUUUAACAUUCAACUCUAUUCAGAUUUCAAUACCGCGUAUUUUGGUCAUUGCUAUAUAUAUAUCAUAUAUUCUUACAGUACACUGCCAUAUUUUGCGAGCACGCGAUCAGUCACUCAUAUUAUAAUAAUCGACAGGGUCGGCUUAAUUUUUUGUACAUUACUUUCUACACCAUUUGAAUUAGGAAUCGCUUAUAACGUAUAAUUUGCCGUGCAAGCUCAAUACAAAUAAUUUGCGCAUUAGUUGUAUUAACCGACAUUUACGUAAUUAUGUAUCAUUAAAGAAUGGUAUGAUCGUAUUUAAGAGCACUUUUUAAAGUAUACGUUAUCAAUUUUUCGCACUUUUAUUUGGGUUGCAAUCUCUUGCGUUUCUCACUUCAACCGACCCUGAAAUUUAUAGAUACACAUUUAGCAUUCGAUUAAUAUCUAAUAUAACUUGUAUCGCCUAACGUGUAAAGUGCUUCAUGAUAAUUGCCACGAUAUACACAUAUACACGUAUAUGUUUUAUACUUUUAUAUAAAUAUCUGUACGGUAAGUUAAAGGAGAUAUGAUCGGCGUAUUUGCCGAGAUAAUUAAACCGUAUAAUUAUUCCGCUUACAGAAGUGCAAGAGCACAGUGUGCAAGGGAAUACCAAAGCAAAGAAACACGCGACGAGUAAUGUCGGCUCGUUGAAGCCAAUUAAACCGUCAUCCGUGAUCCGUUUAUCAUUCGCGUCAGUGUUGCGUCGGAAGAUUGGUUGUGGUUCACGAAAUCGAUGUCUUUUACGAAAUAAUCCACGUUCACGGUGCUCCAUCAUCCUUUGCAAAAUAGAAUCAGUGUUAAAUUGCGAUUUGCACUGUAACACGAUAAGCAUAAGUUUAGCGAGCUACAACAUUGGAUACAGGGCCUUACGUUAUACAUAAUUUAUUUGCAAAGGGAGUUACUUCUUAAUUUAAAACCGCCCUGCCUAACUGAACUAAUUUUCGCCAUAUUAUGUAAUUGUAAAUAAUACGUCGCUCUGACAUAUCGACAGAUAAUUGAUUUAAGUUAAUCGUACCUGCUUUAUACCGCAUUAAUGUAUAAUACCCGCAAAUAUUUUGCGUAUAAACUGUAUGAUUUACAUAUAUCCAAUAAGUUAUUUAUAUUAUAACUCUCAAGCGCCUUUUUAUUACAGAUUACGUUAUCGAUUAUUCGAAUUUUUCGAUAGUGCUCUAAUGUUAAGACGCGUAAAAUAGAAGAAACUGUAUUUUCAUGAUAUUAAACUGUUAUAAAUUUGUUUAGAUUAUUAUUUGUAGUACUGAAACAGUAUAACUAAUAAACGCGUAUUUUAAAAUUGAUUACUGCUAUUUCACUACUGUUUCAUCGUAAUCGUUCGGCUAUUAAUAAAGUAUUAUAAUAGUAUCACACACAUAUCUACAUAUGUAUGUUUAGUCUUUGUUCAUAAUAAGUACAUUAGGGUUUCGCAAAUUUUAAGAUUUUGUCUAAUAUGCAAAAUAUAUUGUACGCAGCAUUAUCUUAAUCUAUUCAACUAAGUUUAAAACUAUUAUGUCAGUUGUUAUAUUUUGUUGAACAAUAAAAUAUCUGGCAGAGUAA